AUGUCAGCUCCUGCCGUUGCUCACGACGCCGCAUGCAUUUUCUGUAAAAUCAUCAAGGGCGAAAUCCCCUCUUUCAAACUGAUUGAGACUCCACUAACGUUUUCAUUCCUGGAUAUUCAACCAACUGCUGAGGCGCAUGCAUUGAUUAUUCCCAAAUACCAUGGUGCUAAGUUACAUAAUGUUCCGGAUGAAUAUUUGGCUGACAUUUUACCUGUUACCAAGAAGUUGGUAAAAGCGAUUGGCUUCGAUGUGGAUGGCCCAGAGGGCGAAGGCUACAACAUUCUCCAAAAUAAUGGGAGAAUCGCACACCAGGUGGUGGAUCAUGUGCACUUCCAUUUGAUCCCCAAGAGAGACGAAAAAACAGGACUUAUCGUUGGAUGGCCUACCGAAGAAACUGAUUUCGAGAAGCUGGGCGCACUACAUAAGAAGAUUUUAGCUAAUUUGGAGAAGCAAUGA